AUGGCAAAAUUAGUCCACAACACUCAAAAAAAACAACAUAGAGAACGGUCCCAAACAGCCGCAAGGUCUCGUCUGGGGUUUCUAGAAAAGCACAAGGAUUACGUCAAGAGAGCUCAAGACUACCAUGCCAAACAAAACACUUUGAAAAUCCUUCGUGCAAAGGCUCAGUCCAGAAACGAAGAUGAGUUCUAUUACGGCAUGAACAACAAAACAAUCUCCCAACCAAGGUCGAACAUAAACACCAACCUAUCCACCGACGAAAUCAAGCUGUUGAAAUCCCAGGAUCUAAACUACAUCAACACAAUGCAUGCCAUGCACAAGAAGAGCAUAGAAAAACAAGUCUCGAACCUGGCCUUGCCCAGCACAAACUCAAAACACACCAUCUUUGUCGAUUCCAAAUCACAAUUGAAAACCUUCGACCCAAAGGCCUAUUUCAAAACAACAGACGCCUUGUUGUACAACAAAUCAAACCGUUUGCAAAAGGACCAAUUACAAAGAGCAGACAUUAAAAACUCAAACACUCUCAUCACUCCUGCAGAUAACACUUCCAAGAAGUUGAAGAACUUGAACGUUUUGAAAUCCAAAUACGAAAAUUUGGAAAAAUUAUCAAACGUCCAAUCCAUUUUAAAACAACAGAAAAUAUUGAUGAAUUCAAAAGUUGGAUCCAAGAAAAUGGUGAAAAACGGCGUCACCUAUUUCAAGUUCAAUAAACAGAGAAGUCGAUAA